AUGCUAGGUCGUUGGAAGCCUGACGGUUCGGACACGUACAUCAGGAUGUACAAUGGUGUGGUUGCGAGGCUCCAGCAACAAUACGCAAAAGCUGUACGGGUAAACAACAGGACUGGACUCUUGGAUGAAAGAGAUGUCAUCGAAAGUGCAAUGUCAUGGCUCACUGACCGAUGUGAACAGUUGCCUGAGCAUCAGGUACAAUUGAUCAUUUCUCACUUGGAGGAUUCUAUGCGCUGGCAGGUUCAGCCUGGUUGGGAGUUGACUGGACAGGUCGAAGAAGAAGAUGUGCCGGAGGACACACAGUCGGUGCCCAAUGCACAGCCUUUGCAGGUUCAGAAACAGCAAACGGAGAAAGAUGCCCUAAAAAGGGGUGGAGCUGACCUCAGAUUUACAUUGUCUCGAAACGAUGUUACAGAUGAUUUGCAAGCUGCUUUCUUUACGAACGGCAUUACAACAGUUCAGAAGUUUUCAUCCUUCUUCAGAUCAGAAGAGGACCUUAUUCAAGUCAUGAAGGAUUCUUUUGCAACAGAUGCAGAUGAUGGUCUGGAAGCACGGGCGCAGCUGGCCUCAGUGAUUUGCGCUUGGAGAGAGACGCAAACCAAACAAAAGAGACAAGCAGAGGUUGAGGCUGAGAUGGACACACGUGAGUGGACGAAGCCAAUACCUACAGGUGAUUACAUCAACCUACGGAAUGCAUUCAUGAGGGCUCAUGGAAAGGUUGAAGAUAAGGUAACACCAUCGAAAGAAUACCUUGAGAAAAAACUGCAAGAACUUGAGAACGGUGAAUUCCGUGCUGAACUGCUGUCGGAGGUAGUAUCAAAAGACGAAGUUGACCCGGACAUCAUGGUGCCGGUCUUUGACUCCAAAGGGUCGCUCUCAGUGAAGAAGGGCACAACGACGGUGGCGCUCCCGACGGGACCUGAGCAACUUAGGAGACGGCUUACAGUGAUGUUGCAUUGUGUCAUGAUGCUGGCAUUGAAACAUACAAACCGUGAAGAGAUUCAAGACAUGAGCCGCGACACCAUGGAGCGCUACAAGGAUUACAUCCUAGGCGAUUAUGUCUGGGGCCUGUCAUCGACUGACCUUCAGGGAAAUCAGAUACAGACGCCGCCUUGGAGUCUUGUCCUCAGCUAUGAGCAUGCAGUGCGGAAGCGUGCAUACAAUUUGAUGGUCACGGAACAUUUGAGAAUUGGAGCUGCUUUGGAACAGGCAUGGAAAUGCCCGGUCACAAAGGAACGUCACUUCAUCACGCCCUUGGCCCUCUACAGCAAACGUUCCAAUCCAAGUGCCUCUUGGGGAGACUGGAACCUAAAAGGGAAAGGAAAGACAAGCAAGGGGCAGAGCAACAAGGGAAAAUCGAAGGGCAAGGGCACAGGCACGGCACCGGAUGGUUCCAAGAUCUGCUUCAGGUUCAACCAGGGGAAAUGCAGCUAUCAGAAAUGCAAGUUUGCGCAUCUCUACAAUCGAUGUUUCAAGAAGGGUCACAACGGCUUGAACUGCAAGGAAGACAAGGUCGAAAUGGUGGACAUACAGGUGAAGCCACAUUUAGACCUAACUCAGAAAGCAGUCCAGGACUCGGACAGACAGAACUAUGAGGUUUUGAAACCAGAUGGCAGGAAGGUAGCAGGGGGGCUUGGGAGCCCCCGCAAGUGUCAGCCACCGGGCAAAGACCGGUCCUUUCAUGAUGGAGCUGGACUCCUGUCAAUGGGGAGAUGGGAUGUGGAGCAAAGGAUAUGGAGCAAGGGUGUCUUUUGGGAAAGGUUGAGAAAAGGAACGAUUGAGUUGAUAGAGAAGCACUUGGGGGAUGAACGAGCUUUGGACAGGGCUUGCUUCGAGAUGGCAGUACGAGGUGAAGCAGGGUGCAAUAUUGUGCGCGACGAGAAGCUCAAGAGCGACAUACGCCUUUUCUGGAUUGACCUGCUGAAACAGCAUGGGUCGAAACAAGAGGGAUUGGACCAUGUGGCCCCGGGGCAACCUUUCCACCUUAGACUCAUGAAGGAGUUGCUUGCGUUUGGAGAAGAUGCAGACAGAGAAUUUUUGAUGCAGGGCGAAGUGGGUUAUCCUGUUGGUGUCCUGACCCCUUUGCCCAGGACGCCGCACUGCUAUGAAGAACAGACAGCUUGGCGCUUAGAAGACGACCCACACAUGCAGGAGGAGGUCUGGCGUUCCAACUACCAAUCGGUAGGGGAACAUGUACAAUUUGUGCGGGAGCACUUCACGGAGGAGUGUGCGGAAGGCUUGAUGGAGAGACUCACACUGGAACAGGCGAAGACCAGAUUUGGAGACAAGAUCGCAAUCUCCUCACUUGCGGUGCUGGUGGAGCAGAACCACCAGGGGAAGAAGAGGGUGAUUCAUGACGCCACCCACGGGACAAAACUGAAUAACAGGAUCAGAUGCCGUGACAAAACAAGGUCUCCCAGUGCGAGAGAGAAACAGUACCUCUUAGCAUACUUCCAGGAGAAUAAGCGCUCAGUCUUCAGCUUGGUGGGUGACAUAAGUAAGGCCCACAGGCGCUUCCUCCAUGCUCCAGGUGCAGGGAUCAGACUGGUGCAUGAGCUCCUGGGGCCACAAAUGCCGGUGGAGCUGCUACUGUUUGCAGACGAUCUGGAAGCUUUGGGUGCGAGUGCGGGAGGCAGGAGAGGGAUAACCCUUGCCUUCCUUUACAUGUCUGUUUUGGGCUUCCCUUUCAAGUGGACAAAGCAGAGCUUAGAGUGGAAUGGAUUGGACUCUUCUCUGACGCGCUGGAUGCACGAUUGGGUGAAGGAGCUUGCAGACACCGGCACAACAACUGCAAAGAACUUCGAGCAGGGGCUGGGCCGCCUUGGCUUCGCGGCCAUGGCCUUAACAUGGGAGAGGCCCUUUUUGGGGCCUCUUUAUAGCUGGUGUGCGGCCGUCAGAACAAAGCGUGGAGCCCUGCGGGUGCCUGCAAUGUUGAGGACCAUUUUGCGUUUUUUGGCAAAAAGGUUUUUGGCUGGUGGUGACUUGCAAUGCCCGCCUCCACUCAAACGACAGGAGGGCGAACAGGUUAUCUUUUUUACAGAUGCCAAGGCCACAGAAGAAUCAGCAUGGAUAGGGGGCUUCAAGCAAGGUACAGACGGAAAGGUGCUGGCAUGGUUUUCUGAAGAGGUGCCGCUUUCCUGGGCGCCGUGGUUGAAGCUUAAGAGGGAUCCUAAGAGGAUAAUUGCAGCCUUGGAAUUACUAGCCAGUCUGGUGGCGGUGAAACUGUGGAUGCAGCCGGCGCAGCAAAGCUCUGAGGCCGUAUGCUGUUUGAGGGGCAAAACGGAUAAUCAAUCCAACACCUACGCCUUGACGAAAUGGAUGAGCACGAAGUUUCCCCUUACAGUUUUUAUCAUGGAGAUCUCAGAGUCUUUAAGACUUGGACGCUGCAAUUUGACGCUUGACUGGGUUCCGCGUGAAUGGAACCAACUGGCCGACGAUCUCACGAACCAGAAGUUCGACAAGUUCUCUCUGCAGGACCGCAUCAGGUGGGAUCCGUUUCAACAAGAGUGGCUGGUAUUAGAAGAAUUUAUGGUUCAUGCAAACAGUUUUCAUGAUGAGAUGAGAAAGAGGAAAUCGGAGCCUCAGGUUCAAAUGCCCAGGAAACGAAAGAGAGUUUCUUCCCUCAAACCUUGGUGA